UUGUGCAGAACAAAAACAGCUGGCAUGCACUACUUAAUUCGUAGAAUAUUUCAUAGUGCGUGAACACACUCUCUCUUUCUCUAUCUCUCUUUCUCUCCAGCAGUUCAACUAUUCAUUAACAACAAAAAUUCAGCCAUGGCUGAGCAAGUCCAAGAAACAUCGCUACAAGUGGUGAACAAGAAUACGAGAUUGGGAGAGACGGACGUCCAAGAUUGCAGGCUAUGGCAUCACUUGAUCUUCUGCCAAGAGAUCGAAAACGAUGACCAGAAACAAGCUCUUUGCUGGCUGUGCAACGAACCAGCAUCGGGAAGUCCCGCCUACAAAUGCUUGAAAUGCAACUUCCGCCAACAUAAAUCAUGCAUUGACAGACCACACGGCGUAGAUCUUGAAAUCGAACAUAAAUAUUGGUGGAAACGACAUCACUUGAUGUUCAUAGCCAUAGACAUCACAAUUCACGUUGUUUGCUCAGGAUGCAAGGAACCAGUAUUCGGUCCCGCGUAUAAAUGCUCCAUACCCGAAUGCGCCUUCCUUCUCCACAAAUCGUGCGGCGAACUAUCCAACGCGAUCCAGCACCCUAUCCACCCAGACCACACCCUUCUUCUCCAAGAGCCAUCAGCGGGUGAUGACUGUUCUCUUUGCCACAAAAAUUGCAGCGGGUCCUUCUUUUACCGUUGCCGCCUCUGUUCUUUCAACCUCGACGUCGUAUGUGCUUCGCGCUGGAGAACCAACGCCGACGAUUGCCUCAAACACGCACUUGUCCCCUUGCGGAAGGGGAUACAGUUCACUUGCGAAUCUUGUGGCGAGAAAGCCAUGGAUGGCGGCUACAUGUGUAGCGAAUGUCGAGUCUUGAUUCAUGGUAAGUGUGAUCUAUUUCCACACACCAUCAACACUAAGACACAUGAUCACUCUCUCGUUCGCACCUAUUCUCUAGUUUGUCAAGUCGAGAAACAGGACAACGUGUUCUGUAAACUGUGUUAUAAAAAGGUGAAAACAAAGUAUGCAGCUUACUUUUGCCGGGAUUGUGGCUAUGUUGCACAUUUGGAAUGUGCAAAACAGCACCAAAGCUCUAGUGGAGCCAGUAAUUCCGUUGACUACUUAACUCAUUUGGUUCAUUUGGUUGAGGGAAUCAGUCUAGUGGAAGACCAAAAGGUUAGUCUUCAGGAGAUCAAUCAUUUCAGUCAUCCACAACAUAACUUAAUCCUCGGCGAUGAAAAGCUCUUAGACGACAUGCGUUGUGAGGGGGUGCAUGCAUAUGAUCUUUGACGCCCCGUUUUAUGUAUGUGUCCGAUGCAAUUUCUUUCUUCAUAAUAGAUGUGCUAAACUACCCUUAAAGAUUAAGCGAGGGCUAUUCCAUGAACAUUCACUCACCCUGGCCUCCUCUCUCAGGCACCAUACAAGGGUGGAUUGUUAUGGUGUAAUGCUUGUAAUCGUGGUCGGCAUGGCAUCACCAAUAUAUGUGAUGAAUGUGAAUGGUACAACUUAGACAUUUAA